AUGGUGGCCGAUAUGGCUAAUUUACUGCUGGCAGAGCGUGGAGAGACCCCGAUUCAAGAGGCUAGCCAGGAGGAGAAGGAUACAACUAUCCAGCAGUUCGAGCCUAUCAGUGAUAACGAGGAAGAUGAUAACAGUGGUCAUCACAGCAGUAGCGAUGGUGAUGGUGAUGGUGAUGGUGCCAGCCCUUACAGACCCAGCGGGCUCUGA